AUUACUCACUCGACGCUGUUCGUCUAAGCAGCUUCGUUGCUCAUCGUAUUGGCAUUAUUAUUAAAUACGUUAGUGGUGUUAUUAUUAAAUACGUUAGUGGUGUUACAAGUUGUUAGUAUUUUUUGCAAUAGUUAAUAUUAAUUAUUGAACAUAAAACUCAGUCGUUAAUGUCGAUCAUCUUAAUAUCGAUAGAAACAUGUUACAGCCGUUGUGUUGCAAUAAUCUCUUCAGUACUAGUGCGAUAAAUUUUGUCCGAGAUCAAAAACAGAAGAUGUGAAAACAUUUCACAUCAAAAUAGCUUUAAAUUAAAGUGCGAUCUAAGUGUGCAUCUAGGUUUCGUAACGUUUAUGUCGAGACACUUCGAAACCAGUGGAAUCCAUCUAACCGUUAUUUAGACAUAUUCGCACCCAAAUUCAAAGUGACAACUCACAUAGACUCACACUCGAUCAUUGAUAUUGCCUAUGUAUAAAAGGAUUCUUACUUCGUGAAAAGGAUCGUUAUUUCGUGAUUUUUGGUCACGAUUUGAAUUACAUAAGUAUACUAAAAUGGCGAUAAGCACGAGUUAUUGGAUUUUAGACUACAUAUUGAUUCUGACGGUAACAAUCGUAACAAUAUACCUCUUUAUGAUUCGCAAAUACAAUUACUGGAAGAAACGAGGCGUUAGCCAGAUAAAACCGUUGCCAUUUGUGGGAAAUUUUAUGGACUGUUUGCUACAAAAGCGAGCACCCGCUUUCGUCAUACAGGAAUUUUACAAUGAAUCCAAGGGAUUGCCUUACGUAGGCUUUUACAUAUUUGAAAAACCUUGUUUACUGAUACGCCAUCCAGAAAUAAUCAAACACAUACUAGUGAAGGAUUUCGAAAAUUUCUGCGACCAUUACAGCUCACCUGGCAAAGAGGAUCGUCUCGGAUGGUCUUCCGUCUUCUUAAUGAAAAAUCCAACUUGGAAAAUUGUGAGGCACAAGCUAUCGCCGAUAUUCACGUCUAAACAGCUGAAAAGAAUGUUUGACUUAUUGUUGGAAAUCGUUGUCAAUCUAGAUUCACAUAUUGAUAAAAUAGAAUUCAACGGUGAAACAAAGGAGAUAGAUGUAAAAGAUUUUACUACUGAUAUAACGACGAACAUGAUCUGUAGCAUCGCUUUUGGACUGAAUAUUGAUGCGAUAAAUAAUCCAGAAUGCGAACUCCGUAAAACAGCGAGAGAAAUAUUUGAAGUUGAUAAACUUCGUGGAUUCAAGUUGCUCAUGGUGUUCUUCUAUCCUCAAUUAUCUCGUUACAUCUCUCUAAGAUUUUUCGAAAAGAAAACCUCAGACUUAUUGCGUAAAAUUUUUUGGGAAACAAUCAACUAUCGCCUAAAGUCUGGUGAGAAGCGAAAUGACGUGAUCGACACUCUUAUCGACUUGAAGGAGAAGUACAAGGAUCAAGAUUUUGAAGAUUUCAAAUUUGACGGAGAUGAUUUAUUAGCGCAAGCGGCCAUCUUCUUCACGGGCGGUUAUGAGACUACCGCAUCGGCAAUGUCCUUCACCUUUUACGAAUUAGCGGUACAACCUAAAAUUCAAGACAGACUUAGAAGAGAAAUUCUCGAUGUACUUAACGAGAACGAAGGAAAAAUUACAUACGACAUGGUGCUAUCAUUGUCCUACCUUGAGAUGGUGAUCGCCGAAACAUUGAGGAAAUAUCCAAUAUUGGCGACCUUAGAUCGCAAAGCGAUGCAAGAUUACAAAAUACCAAACCACGAUCUAGUUAUUGAAAAGGGUACGCCGAUUUUUUUCUCGUUAUUCGGCAUGCACUAUGAUCCGAAAUAUUUCCCCGAUCCCGAGAAGUUUGAUCCAGAACGAUUCAGUAAGGAGAACAAGAGCAGCAUACCGUCGUGCGUAUACAUGCCAUUUGGGGAAGGUCCUCGCGGAUGCAUAGCAAAUCGUUUGGGAAAGCUGCAAACCAAACUGGGAAUCAUAAAAUUGUUGAGCCAAUACGAGGUGACACCUUCCGAAAAGACAGCCAUACCGAUGGUAUUAGAUCCGAAGAAUCCUGUAACUGCACCGGUGGACAUGAAACUGUAUCUCAACAUACGGAAAAUUGACACAAAUGCUAAAUAAAAUAUUCAACUCACUAACAUUUUCCAAGUACAUACGUUCGAAAAAGUUGUGAUAAAGAAAAAUGUUAACACACAAUAUGUUAAUGACAAGUACGUUGUUAUAAGAGAAUGAUAUUUACAUGUUUGUUACACAAAAUAUAUUAUACACAAAAUAUAUUAUAA